GAGAGGGGGAGAAAGCAGCGAGUGAAUGUGGCUCAGAGAGGGGCAACAACACCUGCUGUCUUCAGCUCAGAUUCACCAGGCAAAACAGCAGUCUGCCUCUCCGAGUGAUGGACUCCAAGGAGGACAAAGAAGCCAGAAAAACAGGCCCAAACAAAGGCCAAGAAACUCCAGGAUCUCCACGUUGCAGAGGAAAUCUCACAAAGCAAAACUGUCAAUAUUGUAUGUGCGGGAUGACAAACACAAAGUUUGUGUCGUGAGUGGGAGAAAACAAGAGCGUCGUGGUAAAAAAUGUGAGCUUCUGUGUAGAACCGAGGGAUAAAUGACUGGAAUAUUCAGCAAACUGGCUGCAAAGAUCAACUAGAGUGCCAAGACUGAAAGGAAGGGAACAAACACAAUAGACGCCCCCCCCUACCUCAACCCCUCUUUUAUCCUUUUCCAUCCAGGACCCAUGGGCACUCUGCCAACUUGGAAUCUUAAGAACUCAUUCAAAGAAAGCCAAAGAAAGGGACUUGUUUAAAACCAGGAGCCAUUCUCUAACAGUCUCUUGUUUUUCCUUACAUUUCCCACGUGAAGAGGGAUUUCUGGUUGCCGUUUUCUCUGACACCGCAUCUGAGGAGGGGAGAAAGAGAGGGGGGUGAAGGUGGUGGUGGUGGUGGGGCUAGAAUUGCCAUUCAUGUAACGUUUCGUCAGAUUGGUGUUUUGAGAGUAUUGUGAGCGAGCGAUCUCUCUCCUGAGCCCCUUUUCUCCCUCUCACGCUCUCUCUCUCUCUCUCUCUCAGUUUUCAUUCUGCUUUUACUCCCUCUGUCUUCUCACUCUCGCUCCCGCUCACAUAGUAACUCCUCCCCCCCCCCACUACCCAUUGUCUCUCCGUACAGUAUUAGGCUGAGGAGAUGCCAUACUUGGUCCAGCGAGGGACGCAGGAGAGGGAGAUGGAGGUGUUUAAAAAAAUGCAUCACUCCAGUACAAAUGGAGCAGCAGCAACAGCAAACACAACACCUGCAGCUACCAAAGCCUGGGUGACACUUGAAGGUCUGAGGAGGAUCCAGAAGAUACCGAGAUGCCUGACCCGAGCAGCUUGACUGAUGAUGACCUCAUGGCCAUGCUACUCAAAUAUGGGGUUAAAGCUGGGCCUAUUGUUGGCUCUACCAGGACCUUGUAUGAGAGGAAGCUCAAGAAACUGCUUCAGUCUGAUGGACAUGACCGAUUAAAUGGAGCAGAGAAAGCUGCGCUUUACUCAGACGGUGAAGAGGAAGAGUCGGGCUCAGAAAAACAAGAAGCAGUUGAACAGUCAGCCCAACAAGAGAACAGCCAGAAUUGCAGUUAUGCAUAUCCACAGUGUUUUUUGCCCUCAUCACACUUGUUUCCUCAGGAACCUGUGAAAGAUAUACUGAAGGACCUCUUUCCAGACACCAAUACCACACCCACAGGAAUCUACGCCACUUGUCGGAGACCUAUCAAGGGUGCAGCACAGAGACCUAUCCAGUAUGCAUAUCCAGACACUCCUAUCAGUCCCAUGACCCUGCAGAGACAGGAGGUGGAGCGCCGUCUUGUACCCAUCCAGAUACAAAUUUUUGUAUUCCUCAUUGUGGCAUGCAUCGUAUAUGUUCUUUUUGUUAAUGUUGAGGAUGCCGCUUUGUUUUGAGCUUGCUGGACAGCCUAAGCCAGGGGUCAGACAGUAAGGAAGGGUUUUUGCUUCAGGCAGAGACACUUGACACACAAGCAGGCUCUGAAUAAGAUCAACUUUGCAGUUUCUUAUCCCUCUGCAAUAUUUUAUAGAUCUAAGGAUUGCUUGUUUGACAAUGUAGGUCACGAUGACAUAAUUUAAGCAAUUUUUAUGUGUUGGACGCAUUUGUUUGUCUGAAUGAGAGCAAACGUCAAAGUCCAGUUUUACAUUUUUCUAUGUUUUCCUUGUGGAUGUGUUGACGUGCUAUAGUCCCUUUAGAAACAAGUGCUAAAGCACAGUUUGUGAGGGACAGAUUUUUAAAGAAUUUUUAUUUUUUUCUAUUACCUAAACAAAACUGUAUAAUGCAAAUGGUGCCUUUUUGAAUGGGUUUGUGUAAUUUCUAUGUGUGUUUUAAAUAGUUAAUAUUUCAAUAAAGACUCUUUUGCUUAA